UUCCCAUUAUAUUUGUAGCCCUAACUUUUGCUACAAAAAGCUUCGUCUGAACUCUUUUUAACAUAUCAAUACAGGGCUCUAAAAGGGCGUGGCUCUUUUCCUCCCGACAACAGGAGAAUUUCUCCCUCCAGGUUUUUGUUGACUCCAUAUACUUUGAUUUCUCCCUAGUUUUCAGAACCAUGUUUGAGUCUACACUAGAAUUGAUCACUCAGGCUGCUUCCAAUUCUUUUGUGAUCUUCUGCUUUUGCAAUUUGAUCAUUGUCAUGAUCCUCGUGGGCUCAAAACCUGUCUUCAACUUUGAUCAAGAAAGGGAAAUUCCGAGGUCAAUGGUCAUCAACACACACACAAAGGUGAAAGAAGAUAUCCUGGCCAAGCCUUCUUCACUUGAUGGAAACGAGAUAUCAAUUGAUGACAGGAAUGUGUCAAUCACCCAGGAAGAACCCACCGGCGACGGUGACGAAGACGAUGGAGAAGAUGGAUAUGGAGAUGAAGAUGAUGAGCUGAGGAGAAGAUCUGAAGAAUUUAUCAACAAAAUCAAUCAUGGAUGGAGGACAGAAUCAUCAAGGCAUCAUGUUUAGCCUAGAAAUAGCUUGAUAGGAGUUUCUUAAUGGUUGGCCCAUAACUUAGAAACGUGACACUGCUAGAGGUUGUUAUGGUCAUCAUCUUUCCAGUGCUGUACAUAAUCGAAUAACGAUGACACAACUCACUGAGAAGAUCUUUGAUUGUACUGUUUGAAAGCAAUAUUACAAAAACUCACUGUUCAGAAAAAACUACUGUUCCAUUGCACUUUCUUUACUACCUUCCUAUGUUUUGGACAGUAGUUUAGUACAUAAAGUUUUAGAUUUCUUCUUUAGCA